AUGGGUAAAAAACUUCAACAGAGUCGGCUAAAGCAAAAAUUUAGUCGAACUUCAACGAAAGAAGGCGGAACUGUGAAGAUCUUCGGCGAUGAAUUGAAUCCUUCCAUCCCUUACAAAACGUUUCUUCUGUCGCUCAACGAUACGGCCGAAUGGGUCGUGAAGGAAAUGUUGAACAAAUAUGGAAUGAAAUAUGAACAUCCAAUCACAUACUGUCUAUCACAGAUCAUUCUUCCACCUUACAAUCAAAUGGACAAUAAAUCUAUCAAACAAGUCAUACUUCAUGAUAAAGAAUGUCCGUUGCAUAUUUACUUGAAUCAUAUACAAAAAAAUCAAGGAUCGAUUAUUUUCAAAAUCAGCAAAUGUCCUACCGAAUACAUCGAAUUGCGAAAACGUCUUCAUGCACAAGAAUUAGCUUUAAAAAUCUCUCAGAUUCCCACCGUACAAGAUCGAACGAUCAAUGAUCAAUAUCCUCUGCUUAUCGAAGUCAAUCAUGAUGGUACGGAUCUUUUAUCACCUCGAGUAUGCAAACUUCAUCCGAAUACGACCUAUGUCGGUCGAGAUACGAAAGCAGCCAUUGGCAAGAAUUAUCUCUUUCUUGACGGUUCAAUGAUUGACCGCGAUCAUUGCACGAUAGAAAAUCAAAACGGAAUAUGCCGAUUGAUUCCACGCGGUGAGGUCAGUAUUAAUGGGAAACCGAUUCCAACAUCACACACGCUUCAACAUGGCGUACUGAUUUGUUUUGGACGAAAUUCGAUAUUUCGAUAUGUUGAUCUGCAAACGGUACAGAGAAUGAGACGAAGUCGUGUUGAGAAUCCGAUAACAUCGUCGAUCUACAGUUCAGCACCGACAUUAUCAACAAAAAUGAAUGUUCAAGAAAGAACAACAUCACCCACGAAGGCUAAUAACUCUCAAACGAAAAUCGACGUCCUACCAGGUUUAUUAGACGUUCCGACUCAAACUGAAGUCCGCUUUCUUCACGCUGUGUUUGCUGAUUAUCCGUUAGCUAAUAUUCAUUUUCGUUUAUUUCCUGCUUACACGAUGUACAUGGCACUACGAUAUCGUUUAUCGCCCUACGGAAACACGAAUAUUCCGUUCAUACAAAAACAAAAGGAUGUUCGCUCGUUUCUCUACCGCAUUGAAGAUAUGUUCAACAAGAAGAUCGAAGAGUCUCAACAUCAUGGCGAUUAUCUUGCUUAUUGGUUCGGCAAUAUAACUGAAUUUACAAGUUUUUUAAAACAAGAUCGCGAUCUAACCAAACUUUCAACAGAUAUUCAAAUACAUUUAGUUUCAUUUACUCAACGCUUGUUUUAUUAUUUUCUUAAUCUUCUACACAGUGUUCUCGAUAAACAUCUGUAUGCUCUAAUCAAUACACAAGAUAAUCUCGAACAAUCUUCUAGUAUCUCUCGUUCGGCAACAUUAGACGAUCUUCUCAAGCUACUUUCAUCACUGUUAGAUCUCUUACACAAAUGUCGACUGAAUGCAAGUUUAACAAUACAAAUAUUCUCACAGAUAUUUCUGUACAUCAAUACUUGGUUGUUCAAUCGAAUAAUCGGUACCCCGGAAUUGAAACUAUGUUCAUCGGCGUGGGGCGAGCGAUUUUCUAUGAGACUUAAAUCAAUUAGCACAUGGGCGCAACGGCAGGGUUUAGAAUUUCCAUUCGAAUGCCAUCUAAUGAAGGUUAACCAAUUGUGUUCAUUAUUGAAAAGUUCGAAGUGCGACGUCAAUGAUGUCCAACAACUGCUGUUGAAUAAUCCAUGGAAAAUCAAUUCCUUACAAGUGAAAUACGUCUUGCACCACUAUGUUUUAGAUGAAAAUGAAUUACCAAUCGGCAAUGACUUUAGUCAAGCACUGAUAACCGCUGCUCAAAAAUAUGUUGAUGAGAGCAUACAUCGUCAAGGUUUAGUUGUUCAACUAGCAGAAGAAACUGAUGUCGAUGUACCAGUGAUAUUACCAGAAGAUGGGUAUACAUUCGAAAGUUUGAAUGGUAUACCUCAGCAGUUGUUUCAAUUCGUUGAAUCGAUCAAUCAAUCCAUUUUAUGUCGUUUAUUUUUCAAUCCACACAGCCGUGGAAUGUGGACGGAAUUUAUGUCACCGCCAAAAAAUGAAAAUCGUGAUCACGAUCGAAUAGAAACGAUUGUAUUGAAUAAAAAGAACAACAAUCUUGGCUUAACUGUGGUCUCCGCGUCAAACGACUAUCAGCCAUAUCAAGGAAUAUACAUCCGAGGAAUUAUUCCAAAUGGUGCAGCAGAAAAAGAUGGCCGCCUUCAAGUAGGCGAUCAGAUUCUUACUGUUGAUCAAACUAAUCUCGUCAAUAUGACGCACGAAAAGGCGGUUGAAAUUCUGAAACAGUGCGGUGAUUCAGUAACAUUGAAGAUCCUCAAAGAUGCAGCCAAUCGACAUGGUCUAUCUGCCUUACUUGAUGCAACACCAGAGAAACAUAAUGAACUAGCACGUUUUCCUUCGCCGUUGACUUCUUCGAUUAUAUCCAAUCAACCAGCAUCUACAAGAAACUCACUACAACCAUCAAACAUGCACGAAUCGUCCUCAACCAUUCCUUCAUCAAAUCCUUAUGCAAUAGAAUCGCCGUCUAAACUUUCCUUGUCGAAAUCCUCGCAUAAUCAACAGAAUAAUAGUGCACCAAUCAGUUUCAUACGUUCGGCUAAUCGAACACAAUCGUUUAUGACUCGAAGCGCAUCUGCCACCCGGCCUGUGACUCGCCAAGAUAUUCCACCCGAUCCGAAUGCAAAUUAUCAACUAAGAUCAAUGGUGCAUCCCAAUACACUCGUGAAACAAACAAAUCUAAUCAAUGGUACUGAUGUUGUCAAUCAACCAUCAGCAUUUAUAAGAAAACAACAAGAACCGAUCAAAUUAUUCAAUACAUACCGAGCCAAUUUGAACGAAAUCCGUCGAAAACGUAUCGAUAAAUUACUAGCAAAAGCGCAGCGAACGGAACAUGAAGACAAAGAAUUGAACAACUUACAAAUCGAAGAAGAAUUCGAUCGUCGGGUUAACGACUUCUACUCACAAACGAACAAUCGAGAAAAUUCUCUUUUACUUUCAAACAACUACGACGAAGAAUUACGACGUCGUUUACAACAAUUCGAACACGACCGCGAAGCUGAGCGUGCUGAUCUCAAUCGUCUAUUAGCUAAACGCGAAGCUCGUUUUCAUAAAGGUCGCGUCGUAUCAAACAUACAGGAAUACGAUCUUCCGCCCGAGAUUAAUUCUGCUCGAAUGUGUGAAGAAGAUCGACGAAUCGAACAAACUAGUUUACCGAAAUAUUUGCUUCGAUUUGAAUAA